CUCAUUCAUUGCAACGAACUAGUAGUUAUACUAAACUGCAUUUGCUUGAUUAAGCUAUAGGUUAAUAAAGUUCUUGGCUUCUUGCUUCAUAGCUCCUCAAAGAUCUUCCCUAGCUUUUGCUAUUCUUGUUCAGGUCAGAAAUCCUAGACGUGCUAGAAAAUGGCUGCAUCAAGUGCCAUGCAAUCCCUCCUGUUGGCAGGUCAUGUGACUGGCCUUGCUAAUAGGGGUAGGAUAAUCCAAUUUUUUCCUGUAAAAUCUGUGCCUCGUUUUCAGAGGAAUGCCAAUCUUCAAGUUCGAUGCGUAGCAGAGGAAGAACCGAAGGAGCAACCAACAACGCCUGUAACAAGUGCACCCCCACAAGAACCUAAGCCGAACCCUUCUCCAGCCGCACCAAAAGUGAGCACGAAAUUCUCUGAUGUGUUGGCAUUCAGUGGACCUGCACCGGAGAGGAUCAACGGCAGGCUGGCGAUGGUUGGGUUUGUCGCAGCCCUGGCAGUGGAGCUCUCCAAGGGCCAAGAUGUGUUCACCCAGAUAUCCGACGGUGGGAUCCCACUGUUCCUUGGAACCAGCAUUUUGGUAUCGCUUGCAUCCCUGAUCCCAUUGUUUAGAGGUGUCACAGCAGAGUCCAAGUCUGGAGGCUUCAUGACGUCAGAUGCUGAGCUGUGGAACGGGAGAUUUGCCAUGCUGGGACUUGUUGCUUUGGCCUUCACUGAAUAUGUGAAGGGCGGAACCCUAGUGUAACUUUGUUUUCCUUUUUAGGUUAUAGACAUAAUGCAGACAUGUAUGUGGAGAUAUUAUCAACCAGUUAUGUAACUUCGCAAAAUGGACAGGAAAUGAAGUUUCCUUCCUGUUAAACCUCUCUUUGAUUGACAUUUUGGUUAUGUUUAUUGUUAUGGUUAA